AUGGAAGAUAGUUCAGAUGCAAAUUAUGAUCCAAAUAAGGAAAUAAACAGUAUGGCAAGUAGAAAUGAAAAUGAAAUUUUAAAUAUAAAUGAGUAUGAAAAUAAAAGCGGAAAUGGAAGUAGAAAUGAAAGUAUUAAUGGAAGUAAAAAUGAAAGUAUAAACGGAAAUAGAAAUGAAAGUAUAAAUGGAAGUAGAAUUGAAAGUAAAAAAGGAAGUAAAAAUGGAAGCAAAAAUGGAAGUAAAAACGAAAAUGAAAAUGAUUCGAACUUCGAGAGUGAAAAUAAUAUAGAAUUCAAAGGCGCUAAGUAUAUUCCUGAUUUACAUGGAUUAGGUAAAGAAAGGCAAGCAAUAACCCCUAAAGUACAAGAAAUAGGAAUUCCGGGACAAGUAACACCUUAUCAUGAACCAUAUGAUGAAUUAAAUUCUGAGGAAGCAACUGUAUAUGAUGAAAAUGGGCUUCCUAUUACAAAUAACUCAAAUAAUACUAAAGAUGAAAAAAAAUUAUGGUCUUGGACAAAUGAUGGAAAAUUAAAAUUAUCCUGCUCACAACCAAUAAUUCCAGUGUCAGUUGUACAAGGAAUAUUAAGAAGAGAUAAAAUUAUUUUAAUACCACAAGUAGAAGUUACUGAUGUUGUUGUUCCAAAAAUUUAUAAUCAAAAUAUUAAGCACGAUAUACCAAAAUUGGACAUAAAGGUAGAAGAUACUCGUGUAAAAAUACCAAAUGUUAAAUAUGUUGAUAAAGAAAUAAUUAUUCCUAUUAUUACUGGAUAUACUCAUAAAUUUGUUCCAAAAUGGGAAGUACAUGAAGUACCAAGACCUAUUGUUAAAUACAUUGGAGAACAAAAAAUUGUAGAAGUUGAAGUUCCAGAAAUAAAGUAUGUAGAUAAAAUAGUGGAAAGAGAAGUAGUUGUUGAUACUGUGGAAAAAAGAGUCCCCAAAAUUAUAGAAAUACCAAAAUAUGUUGAUGAAGUUCAAUAUGUAUGGAAACCAAUUGAAAAAAUAGUUUAUAUACAAAAACUUGUCCCUAAAUUUGAUGUUAAUUUAGAAUGUCCUCCACCUUUAAUUGUUCCCUAUCCAGUACAAAUAGUUAAACAAAUACCACCUGUAAUGGUUAAAAAAGACACAAUGAUUCCAGAAUAUCAACAUUAUGAUUUAAAUUCACCAGAAGAGUCUGUACCUAUUCCUGAAGAGUAUAUCAAACAUUAUUCAAAAAAACAAAAGUUUCCAAAAGUAUGCUUUUCAUCUUGUUGUGAAUCAAAUGUUAAAAAUAAGGAAAAUGAAAAUGAAUACAUUGAUGUAUUUCCAAGUUAUAUUAAAAUGGACUCUACAUCGUUUGACAACAUAUUAAAUGAACCAAGUUAUUCAAAAUCUCUUAUAAAUGACACUAAAAAUAUUUUAAAUGAAAGUGAGCAACAAGUUGGUGUAAUUGCUUAA